AUGCUGGCCCGCUGGUGCACCCGCAACUGCUGGCCCGCUGGUGCACCCGCAACUGCUGGGCCGCUGGUGCACCCGCAACUGCUGGCCCGCUGGUGCACCCGCAACUGCUGGCCCGCUGGUGCACCCGCAACUGCUGGCCCGCUGGUGCACCCGCAACUGCUGGCCCGCUGGUGCACCCGCAACUGCUGGCCCGCUGGUGCACCCGCAACUGCUGGCCCGCUGGUGCACCCGCAACUGCUGGCCCGCUGGUGCACCCGCAACUGCUGGCCCGCUGGUGCACCCGCAACUGCUGGGCCGCUGGUGCACCCGCAACUGCUGGCCCGCUGCCUCUACUCCCACUUCACCUCGCCCAUUCGCCGCUACGCCGACCUGCUAGUGCACCGGCAGCUGCUGGCGGCGCUGCAGCAAGAGAAGCGGGAUCGAGGGGAGGCGGGUGGACAGAAGCGAGGGAGAGGCACUGCCCAGGGAGUAGAUGGGAAAGGGGGGUCGUUUGAAGAGGCAGAUGGGGAUGGAGCGAGGGGGCAGGGCGGAGUAGAGGAAGAGGGAUCAGGAGGAGGAGGGCAGUCCGGUGGAGGAGGAAGGGGAAGGAGGAAGGCGUGGGGUGCUGCUGCUAGGGUGUGGGGAGGGGAGGGAGUGAGGGAGGAGGAGGGGGUGGGGGAGGAAGUGGUUGGGGAGAGGGACUCAGUAGAGGAGAGGCAUGACAGAGAUGAGCAACGGAAAAAAGUGGGAGAGGUGGAGGAGGUGGUGGAGAGAGGGUCACGAGGCAUGGAUUGGGACAAGCUAGCAGCUCAUCUGAACAAGCAGCACCGGCUGGCCAAGCUGGCAUCAAAGAGGAGCGCCGAGCUCUGCCUGCUGCUGCUGCUGCGCGAGCAGCCCUUGGUGGAGCGUGCUGUGGUGGUCUCCAUUCACGAUGGCUAUGUGACUCUCUUCGUGCCUCGCCUUGAUGUGCAGGGCCACGUGCCAUUUCAGGACAAGGAUGGCAUGGCAGUGCUGCCGCGCAAGAACGCCAACUGGGAAGCAGAGCAGGCGGAGCAGCAGCAGUUUCGCCACCGGCUGCGAGAUUUCCAGCAAGGCUUUUCUGUCGUUGAGUACUGGCUCUUCCAGACCCUCUGGGUCCAGCUGUCAGCCUCAGGCUCCAUCGCUCGUUUCCCCACCCUUAAGAUGGAGAUACUGGCAGACGCGCACCCCUCAGCCGUGGCAGCGAAUCUCAAGAGCCAAUCAGAGGCUGCCAGCUCAGCUUCACGAAGGCUGAUGGGCGACGAGGAGGCAGGGGGUGGAGAGGGAGAAGAGGAGUCCGCCGUUUCUCACUCUCACUUCGGGCCCUGGAGGGACGAGGAGAGGGAGGAGAGGGAGGAGAGGGAGGAGGGAUGGGAUGGGGGAAAAGGAGAGAAUAGGCAGAAGAGGGAGAAGAUGGAUGCAUUUCGUGGGCAGUGUGGAGUGCAUGAUCUCAUGGAGGCCAUGCGAGCGCUGCACAUGGCAGGAGAUUCGACCAGCAUGGUCUUCUCUCCAAUCGACAUUGCGACCUCUCUCUCCCAGACACAACCCCCUCUUGCCGUGACUUCCUCCUCCUCCAAUCCUCUCUCUUUGCCGCCCGGUGUCUCCAUAAGUGCUGCACUGCCACUCUCGUUGGGCGGGGAGGGAAAUCUCGAUGGUCGUGAGACCAUGCGAAGGAAUCAGCUGCUGGCAAAAGCUGCUCACGUCCGGGCGAUGCUGAAUAAAUCCGCCAAGUCGAAUGCAGCUGACAAGCAACAGAGAAGGGCUGCAAAAGAAGCCCACUACAAGGCGAAGCUCCAGCCCGAUGUGCCGUACCACGCCAUGACCCUCUUCAUCAAUUUGUUCGAGAUUGUUCCUGAAGCAAAGGCCCUUAUAUCCAUGACCAAGGACUACACGGGCCCUAUGAGAGACAACAAGGCGCUUCAGGAACACGCCACUACUGUUUUGAAGAAGGUGGUUAACAUUGCCACGAACCUGGACAAUGAGAAACAGGUGGAGAUGUACAGGAAGAGCCUUGCAUCGCUAGGCCAGAGACACAUUGGAUACGGAGUCAAGCUCAAGCAUGCUGCGAAACUGAGGGAUGCCUUCGUGCUUACGAUGGCUGGCGCCAUAGGUGACAUGUGGAGUGGUGACGUGAAAGCAGCAUGGAUUGCUGCUUAUGAUGCGAUUGAGGAGAUGUUUGUUGUAGGAUUAGUUGGGGCGGCUGCUCCGAAGUAG